CUGCUAACAACUGCCUCUCGAUAAUAUCCAGAACCUAAACUUACACUGGGCAUGUUUAGCACUGGUGUGAAAUAACGUUACUUUAGUGAAAGUGCAGGCGACCAGGUUUGUCCCUCAGAAAGGGGACAGUGGAGCCAUGGCAACUGCUCAGUCAGCUGUAACGUUUGCGGUUUGCGUCCUCAUGAUAACAGAACUGAUCCUUGCCAAGAAGGACUACUAUGAUAUACUGGGUGUGCCUAAAGAUGCUAGUGAGCGUCAGAUAAAAAAGGCUUUCCACAAGCUUGCAAUGAAGUAUCACCCGGAUAAGAAUAAUAGCCCGGAUGCUGAAGUGAGAUUCAGGGAAAUUGCUGAAGCUUAUGAGACUUUAUCAGAUGAAACCAGAAGAAGAGAGUAUGACCAGUAUGGUGGCAGCUCUGCAUACUUCACUGGGGAGACGCAAGACAGACAUCAACAAGGUCCUCAACAACCUUUCAACUUCAACUUUGACAACAUAUUCAAGGACUUUGACAUCUACAGCCAGAACAGGCAUGCCCGUCACCGAAGACACUUUGAGGAACACACCAGGUCUUACAAGGAGACCCACAGCAGACACAAGAGACACUUUCAAGGAGGUUUCGGAGCAGGUAUCUUUGAUGACGUGUUUGACGAUAUUGAGAGGAUGUUUACUUUCGACAGACACACAAAACAGACUGAAAGCAGGUUUCACGGUGCAUCAAAACAACACUGUAGAACAGUGACACAGCGCAGAGGAAAUAUGGUGACCACAUACACAGACUGCACUGCAUCGUAAGAUGCAACAUAAAAUGAAUUUCAACAAAAAAUUGCCUUAAGAGGAUACAAUACUGUUGUACUGAUUUAUGUUACAGAAGGCCACCAGUUCAAAUGCUAUGAAAUUUGAACACUGACAUUGUGAGUUGACAUGCCAGCACAGAAUAGCAGGCAGUGAAUAUUGUUUACUUAGCGUAGGUCUAAACUCAAAUAAGCUAUUCUUUGGUCAAGCUAUUGACUGUGUGUGCUCAUGGACUCUCUGAUUGUUGUAGUUUUUCACUUAUUGUUGAAGAAAGCUGUUGACAGUAUGUUUUUAAAGAACCUCCUUUUCAUAGUGGAAUAUGAAAACAUAGUUCAUUUUGCUGCGUGGAGAAAUAAAGCACACCUGGUUUAUUUUGAGCAGAAAUACUUGUCAGUUAAUCACUCGCUCACCAAAAACCCUCUGAUGUUUCGUGCCGUUUUUUAGUUUCUUUUGUGUAGGUUUUGCCUAUUGUGGGUCUGAGCAUAGCUGAAGGCAGAAACAAUAGCAGCAUGUGGAGUUUUGCUUAUGGUUGACAAAUGGGGAGCAAUGCCAACAAGAAUCUGACCCUGCACCUGUUGGCCUGUUAUACUGAUGUUUUUGAGUUUGCAGAACAUCCUUCUGUACUCUACACUCCAUCAUACAUUUUGGCAUUUGUGGUUAGAUUAUUAUAAAUGAACUUAAAUCAGAAUAUAUAAGUAAGAAAGAGGUAUAAGGGAAUGUAAAUUGAGUAUGUUAGUGACUCAGAUCCCUGCAUUAAAUCACCAAAAUGUGUAUUCUAUUGUAUCAGAGAAGUCUUGAUUCAACUUUUUUUUGGAUUUUAGAGGCUGCAUUUUGGUGCUGUGCUUGGUUAUCCUGACAAAAUAUUAGGUACAACUCUGAACUAUCACACAUUUUUCUAACAGAACACCAGGGCACAUUGAAGCCUCAAGACUCAUUGAAGUUAAAUCAGCACCCCUCUGACACAGACUCAACACAAACUGAACAUCAUAAGUUUUAGAAAGGUAUUACAGGGUUAUUGCUAUUUGAUUGCAUUGUACUUUGGACAGAACUGCAAUUGGAUCACAUUUUAUUUGGCCUAUGCUCGUUUGUCAGACCUCUUACAUGAAAAAUGCUGCAGAUCACCAUUCAACCUGAAAUGACCCAUGUCUCUCAAUCUAAAUUAAAAUAGUUUUUAAUUAAGUAUUUACUUUGUUAAAACUGUAAGAAUAUCAAGGCCACCUUCAGUACGAUAAAGUCACAAGCAUUUCUGAAUUGAAUCCUACCAGUUAUUUAAUUAUACUAUCUAAAUGCAGGUUAUUAACUAUAGGCUUACAAUUAAACUGCUUGAAAGUGAACCAAAAAUCUGUAAAUUAAAAAGAUUUUAAACUUUUGACUGUCAUGUCAGACGUAAUACAGAGACCGCUCUAUGUGUAACCCAGCUUGCAGUAGACCAUUUGAACCUUAACCUGACUACAGAAUGUACUAGGGG